CACAUAAAAUGUUCGAUUGGAUGAGCUUUCACAUGUCAGCAAUCACCAGUCAAGGCACUGAAAAUACCCAUCACCUGUAGAGGUUUUCUCUUCAGCCUUGACAGUCAGUCUCGCCCCCGCCCCCGGCCACCACUGACCUCUGGCACCGCAGGCUGCAUUUCCUAGCGUUGUAUCUGACAUUUUUCAUUCCCUCAGCGUGAUUAUUUCAAGCUUCACUCCAGUGCCUGCCGGUUCAUUUUUAUCGCUGAGUAGUAGCCCAUUGUGUGGAUGGACUGCAGUCUGACUGCCGGCGCCCGACUGGGUGAACUUAACAGGCUCUCUAUUUUAAUUCACUGAUGUCAUAUCCCACCGCAGUUUGAGGAGCAGAGGAGAAGGAAUUGGGCAACCCAGCCGAUGGGCAUGGCGUGGAGGGGUGACCACAGGUGUGGGCAUAGUCUCUGGUCCAGCUGGUUCUGCUGGAGGCUCAGUCCCAGCCCUGGAGGCAGCGGGCUGUCUCCCUGGGUAAUUAAUCUGUCAGAUCACUCCCAUGGUUUCCGAGGCUGUCCUGUGGGGUGGCCAGGAUGCCUCAUCACCUCAAGGAGCCUCCUUGCAGGCCUGGGCCUGAAAUCAGGUCUUCCAGCCCCGGGGCCUUUCUCAGGUACAUGUCUCAGAACAAGCACGCAGAGGCCCGGGAGCUCAUGUGCUCUGGAGCGCUGCUCUUCUUCAGCCAUGGCCAGCAAAACAGUGCUGCGGACUUGUCCAUGCUGGUCUUAGAGUCGCUGGAGAAGGCGGAAGUGGAGGUAGCCGAGGAGCUGCUGGAAAAUCUGGCUAAACUGUUUAGUCUGAUGGAUCCGAAUUCUCCGGAGAGAGUGGCCUUUGUGUCUAGAGCCCUGAAGUGGUCCAGCGGAGGCUCCGGGAGGCUGGGCCACCCCCGGCUGCACCAGCUACUGGCCCUCACCCUGUGGAGAGAACAGAACUACUGUGAGUCUCGGUACCACUUCCUCCACUCGGCCGACGGGGAAGGGUGCGCCAACAUGCUGGUGGAGUACUCCACAUCCCGCGGCUUCCGCAGUGAGGUGGACAUGUUUGUGGCCCAGGCCGUCCUACAGUUUCUCUGUUUAAAAAACAAAAGCAGUGCAUCCGUGGUGUUCACGACAUACACCCAGAAACACCCGUCAAUCGAGGACGGCCCCCCAUUCGUGCAGCCACUGCUCAACUUCAUCUGGUUUCUGCUUUUAGCUGUAGACGGAGGCAAACUGACAGUGUUCACGGUGCUGUGUGAGCAGUACCAGCCAUCCCUCCGGCGGGACCCCAUGUACAAUGAGUACCUCGACAGGAUAGGACAGCUCUUCUUUGGGGUGCCACCUAAGCAGACAUCUUCCUAUGGAGGCUUGCUAGGCAACCUUCUGAGCAGCCUCAUGGGCUCCUCGGAGCAGGAGGGUGAGGACAGUCAGGACGACAGCAGCCCCAUUGAGCUCGACUGACGCCACCCCUGGACCUGCAUGAAGAGGCCCUCUGCCUGGUGGGGCUCAGUCCCGAGCGUGAGCCCUGGACCUUGGCUCCGGGUCAGAGGCUGCGGUAGCUGCACGUUCGGCGUCUGUUGGUGUGCACUGGCUGAGGGCGGCGGGGCAGCCGUAGCCAUGGCCGUGGCCUCAGAUUGACCCACAAUAAAGCACAGGCUUGCGUGCCACCACCCUCUCCCGGUCCUUUGUUUCUGGUUUGCUUUGGGUGCCAAGGGCCAACACAGGCACCAGGGUCGGGGGUGGCUGCCGUCGGGCCAGCCCCAUGUGGACGUCCGUGGCGGCCUGGGCUGCUGCUCCGUGCCAAAUCCCAGAAGCCACGGCCUGCAGCCACACCCACAUCUGUGCUGUGGCACCAUGCAGACAUCCGGAGGCUGUAGGACUUCCACCUCUGAUGCAAUAUUUAUUCCAUGGGUGACGAUUCCUUCCACCUGACGGUCUAGGUCUUAACCAAAUAGCCCGUCCAGCGGCGCAGCUCUGUCCUUCCUCACGUGCUCUACCAGAUGUUCCCGGGAUGAUUGAGACGGGACACACUUUAUUUUUUCACAAUUAAAAGGAGAGUUGUAGAUUAAUACACAGUGAUCAUGCAUGGAAGGAGCGAAACAGACUAUUUACUGUAAAAAUGGAAUUUAAAGGGAGGCUUGUGUUAAUUGUUGAGUUUAAAUAAAUUCUUUAUACUGGG